GGUGCGGUUCGUGUAUACCGAACAAGCAAUAAUCGUCGCUGGCAUUCGACGCAGUGCAUUAGUCAGGAGUUCGAGUUACUGCAAGCUUAAACGUAAAUCACGAGAACGCAGAGAAGAGAGACAGAAGCGAAUUUCUUGGAGAAGUCGACCCCGCGCAUCACACGCGAGAACAAUUUUUUUUUUUUUUUCGGAGCGCCCAACGAAAACGAACGAGUGUACGCUGUGAGAGAGAAAAAAAAAGCGCACCGAACGGUGUCUCCGACGCGGUCGCUGGCGCUGCGUGAUAGUCGACGAAAUUGACAUUGGGAACGGCCAUUUUGGCGUAUUGUUUCCCCCUGAUCGAGUGCUAGAGGCACACAUAACACACACACGGCAUCGACGUCCAUCCGUUUUUGAGGAAAAGAAAGUAUACAGUAUAUACACUAUAAUAGUUCCAAAAUGAUGACAGAGACGCAUAUGAACUCUAAUCACAUGUUAAAUUCUGGUUUAUCUAAUAAAUCAGAAAUAGACAAAAUGGAUGAUGUGGGUUGGAAAGCCAAAUUAAAAAUUCCACCAAAAGAUAAAAGGAUCAAGACAAGUGAUGUUACUGACACGCGAGGUAACGAGUUUGAAGAAUUUUGCCUAAAACGAGAAUUAUUGAUGGGAAUUUUUGAAAAGGGAUGGGAGAAGCCAUCACCGAUUCAAGAAGCAAGUAUUCCCAUUGCACUUUCUGGUAAAGACAUCUUAGCGCGAGCGAAAAAUGGAACUGGUAAAACAGGAGCUUACUCUAUUCCAGUGUUGGAACAGGUUGACCCAAAAAAAGACGUAAUCCAAGCACUGGUGAUUGUACCUACAAGAGAGUUAGCGUUACAGACAUCACAAAUUUGUAUCGAGCUUGCAAAGCAUAUGGAUAUUAAAGUGAUGGUCACUACUGGUGGAACCAACUUACGCGACGAUAUUAUGAGGAUUUAUCAAAAAGUACAAGUGAUAAUAGCAACACCAGGAAGGAUUCUUGAUCUAAUGGAUAAGCAUGUAGCAAAUAUGGGCGAAUGCAAAAUUCUAGUUUUGGACGAAGCAGACAAACUGCUGUCACAAGACUUCAAGGGAAUGUUAGAUCAUGUAAUAUCUAGAUUGCCACCACAACGUCAGAUUCUAUUGUAUUCAGCUACAUUUCCUCUAACUGUGAAACAAUUUAUGGAGAAACAUUUGAGAGAUCCAUAUGAGAUUAAUUUAAUGGAAGAAUUGACUCUGAAGGGCGUAACGCAAUAUUACGCUUUUGUACAGGAACGACAAAAAGUUCACUGCCUUAACACGUUAUUCUCCAAGUUGCAAAUAACGCAAAGCAUAAUCUUCUGCAAUUCGACACAACGUGUUGAAUUACUGGCUAAGAAAAUAACAGACCUUGGGUAUUGCUGUUAUUAUAUACACGCGAAAAUGGCGCAGGCGCACCGCAAUCGCGUAUUCCAUGAUUUCCGUGCGGGAUUAUGCCGAAAUCUUGUGAGCAGUGAUCUAUUUACACGUGGUAUUGAUGUUCAAGCUGUGAACGUCGUAAUCAAUUUUGACUUUCCGAAAAUGGCAGAAACAUAUCUGCAUCGAAUCGGUCGUUCUGGUAGAUUCGGCCAUUUAGGUAUAGCAAUUAACCUAAUCACGUACGAAGAUCGUUUCAACCUACAUCGUAUCGAACAGGAACUUGGAACAGAAAUAAAACCUAUCCCAAAGGUGAUAGACCCUAGUUUGUACGUAGCAAGACCAGAAGACAAUAAUAGUAUGGAAGAGGGUAAUGUGUCCAAGUAGUUUCGAUACACCGUCAUACAUAACAAAUAUACAAUGAUAAUAUAAGUUUGUAUACUAAGGCGUGAAUGUGAAUCUUUUGAUUGAUGUGUGAUCAGAGUUGAAUGUUUGUGCGAGUCAAUCUUUGUACAUACAAAAAAUACAUUUAUUAAAUGUACAUAGCCUACGAAACUAUUACAGAGUCAAGCCAUCAUCAAGAUGCACAAUAUGUAAACAGAUAUGUGAAUAACAACGUGUAUAAUCAAUCAUUGCAUUUUAUCAUAACUGUAAAUAUUACACGCGCGAGUACACACAACAUCGUUUUAAUAGGAGAUUUUUAUACAACAGCUUUCAUUCUUCCAGUAUUUCUUUUCUUUUGUUGUCUGACGAUGAUAAAAAAAAGGGCAUGUUAAAGAAAGAAUAUACUGUCGGUCAAUCUUUGCUGAGUACAACAUACCGGUCCACAUGUGCUCAUUACUUUUCUACUGUUAUGCAUAUGUAUAAAUUGCCCUUAGAACAUCGAUAUUUAAGGUCAUAUAUACAUACAGAUCGUACCCACAGAUCUCAGCGCGAUCUGAAAAUUGGAUAUUAAAAUAUCAGUUGUAAAGUUUGAUCAUGGCUUGAUUUUGCUAAGUGUCAAAUACCGUCAAACAACUCUGAAGUUCAAGUCACUCGUUAGCGCUUUAAAAACUAUCUUAUCUUUUCUGUUUGUAUAUACCUAAUCAUCUUUGUAAAAAUUGUUUUUUCUCUUUUCUUUUUCUCUCUUUUUUUUUUUUUUUUUUUAAGCAUAAUCGGAGUUUCCUUUUACAGUGAUUGAGAAUCAGAGAUUGUACAAUGGACUAGUUUUAUAUAAUUAGUUUUUAUAAAGAACAGACUACAAUUUAGGUUUAUAGGAGCAAAAAUUCUUACAAAAUAGAGAAAAGUGAUACCAAAAUAUUUCAUUGUCCGAGGCGAAUUCGUCUCUAAUAAAUGAAAUAUUAACGGUAAUUACAGAGUAUGAAAUGAUAUAAAUAUAUUUGGGGCUGCAGUAUCAAUUGUAACUGUAACUCUUUAUCACAGCGAUUGUAGAAUAGAUAUACAGUGAUGUGAGAACGCUGACACAAGAGGGACAUUUUUUUAAGAGGAGGAAACAAUGAUUGUAAACUGUUCAACGAUCAGCCGUGUAUAUUUGACACGGUGCGUCCGUGUGAACGGUUGUUCACUGUGAAAGUAUUGGUUUUUCAAAUUAAGUGGCGAUGUAGCAUUAAGAUUUCUUAGGCGCUAUUACAUGGUCAAACAGUAGCUCGCGCAUAGUUGAAGAAAAGCGUAUGCCUCUCUUUACAAAGUGAUGAAAAGAGUAGCAUUUGUGUAUUGAAUUGUAACAUUCAAGUAUAUUGUAGUAAGGUUUUUUUUUUUUUUUUCUUCAUUUUUUUUCACAUUGUCAUCGUCUUCAUCACGCGCGAGAGUAAAUGGCCGCUUGGCCGAAGGUUCGAAACUAUUUGGGAUUUCUGCGACUUGAAUUGAUAAGGUCGUGGUAUAGAGAUUCGUGCCUUACAUCACAAAUUUUUUGUCAUGCAAACAUUUGUGUCAUAGACGUUAUGUGUUUUAUUGUGCGACGAGCAAUUUUCGUCAAGAGCAAUAGAUAGUGCAUUAAAGAAUAACUUGCUUAUCUCUUUAGCAUUAUUUUGAGUGUUGAUAUCAAAUGAAUGUAGAUAAAACUGAAUUUUAAGUCGGUUUUUUUUUUUUUUUUAAUUUUAGAUUUAUUGGUUAUUCUGAUAUGUAUUUUUCGAGUUUAAAUUUCUACAUCUCCUUGAUAAAACUUUAUACGAUAUAUGUGUAUUCGUUGAAUUCAAAUGAUCAAAUGGCGGAACUAACGAAAUAAAUGAGUGGCGAAAACUAAUUUGUACAGCUGGUAAAAUGGUAUUCGGGAAAAGUGAUGAAUGAUCUAACAUUCGGAUCAACGAAAACUUUUUCGAACUAACGUCUCGACUACUGUGCGACUCUCUUCUAAAAUUCUGGCAGAUAAAAAUCUAUCUUGCACAAGCGAGAAAGUACCGUUCGUUAAAAGAUAAAAAAAAAAAAAAAAUAAAAUAAAACGGGAUUGUCUCCGUCGAUCCGUCAGAACGCUAUCUUUCGCUUGAUUCAAGAUAAUGAAGGAAAGUAAUCUGCCAAACGGUGGUGCCAUGUGAAAUACAUAAUUUUGAAAAACCAGCGAACAUUGGAAGACUAAUUUACAUCUGGUUCCUCCUCUGCGAAGUGCGUGUCGGUCGUUAUAAUACUGUAUAUUUUAUAUUGUAUAUAUACUUACAGUAUACAUAUGUAUACAUGUGUUUUUUUUAUACUGCAGCGCCGAAUAUAUUAGCGAAAUGCAGCAUGCAAGCAAGAUUCGUAAUGACAUUGUCUGAAGAAUACAACAAUUUCGAUGUAAACGAAACUUUCUAGAUACAAAAAGUAUUACUAUUUGGUUUAUUUUUCCUCACUUUGGGGGAAAAAACGUUCAGGACAUUUUGUUCGUGUAGUAAAGGGCCAAACUAGCCAGUCGUCAGACGGGCGUGCAUCAAACGGGUACAGAUUAUGGACGGUAUAUAUACCUAGCUGUGAAAUCCUGUGAUGCACAAAUUUAAAGUGAAGAAUCAAUCAUUUGGGAAUCAAUUUGUUCGAAGUGGUUUUUGAACGGGGUACAUAAAGCAGCAUUUCCAAAACAGAAAUAAAAAAACAGGGGGGGGGGA